AUGUCGGAACCCGAGCCAGUAGUGCCAGUCAAUAUAUCUUUCCUCAAUGAAGCUCUUCUACCCUUGUACGGAUCCUUCUAUGGCACCGCAUUUAUCAUCAACUUCUUCGACUGCAACCUUGGUUGGCUCGAAAGCAUCAUUGACAACCACACAGAGGGAUUCGCCGCUCCAUUGACCAAGCAGGAUCUCCGAGAGAUGUGGCAAGAAAGGUUGUCGGAUUAUUGCAACGAGAAGACCAUCCACUAUCGCGACCCGGAGUCACUGCAGGCUGCGCAAGUCCUCCGCAAGCUGGAUCCGUUGGCUGUUUGGAGUACAUUGGAGUCCCACCUACGAUCAGGGAAGAUUGGUGGCAAUACUUUUGAAACCUGGGAGUCCAUGGGGAGGAAGUAUAUCAAUCCGCUCCGGGGCACAAAUUGGCUGGUUGAAUGCGCUCUCAUGGGCCUGUCUCAAGCAAAUAUUCCGGAAGAGGUGAAGCUUGUUGUCCGUCAGGAUUUGCGGUCCAUGGUGACAUGCAGACCGCGGUACAGUAGACGGUGCAACGUCUUUGCGAAUUUCGGAGACCCGGCACCAGAACUGUUUGGCCCAGGUGGCACCUUGUGGCCAGCCAUGGAGAGGUUCAGUGGCGGUCCCCAGUAUUCGAGCGGAAUCCGUCACCUUCUUAUGACGGUGAUGAAGGAAAUACUAACGGUUGUUCACCUUUGGACUGCGGCUUCCGUGACGGAAGGGCGCCCGUCUAAUGAAAUGCCCACUUUCAAGUGGUACAUUGAUGGCUUCUUACAAGCGCAUUCUGCGUUUAUAUCGGAAGUGGAAGACUAUAAUCCGCACACGCAGUUACCAUUCCAUGUCCGUGAGGGGGAGAAGGAUCUCAGAUUUGACCUGCUGUGGGAUUGGGUAUGGAACCUGGCGUAUGAAGUUCAUAGCAGACCAGGAGUCCGAAAUACUCGACAGAGCUUCGUUGAGAUGUGUAACGUGGUCAUGCAGCAGGCCCAGGAGUCCUCUGCCGAUCCUCGUCCCGGGAUGCCGGAAGGAUUCAAUGUACGAUCAAUUGUUGCAAAAAUCCAGAAAGAGGGCGGCAGCGCGGCAGAAUUUGCUGGGAGGCUGUAUGAUCGCGCGCGACAGUCUACCAUUUUUGACGAACAGAGGAUGAUGCAUCAAGAUGCUGAGCCUCAGCUGCCUGAAUUCAACUGGGGUAGUCGCUUUUACAUCAACGAACCUGUUUCUGAUACAGAAGAGGUCGGAAGUGACGAGCUCCAUGAUGAUGAUGAUGAUGACGAAAUGUUUGAUACAGAUUUUGACGAGCCUGUCGAGCUCGAAGCAUUCGGACCUUGCACAGAGCUCGAGCCAAUUGCGAACACUGUCACUGCUAUGCCACCAAACCAGUACUGCACUAUAUGCAUAGAAGUAUACACAAACGGCGAAAAUGAUAUGCGCAUAGUAAGACUCAACGCAUGCGCGCAUUACUUCCACUAUGCGUGCUUGUGGUCAUGGGCGAAUGGCACUUCCCCAAACCGCAACCUGUGCCCGGAAUGCCGCACGCAGUUCAGCGAAGUCCGAAGAAGUGUACGCAGAAGGUCUGUGUGGGAAGAUGCAUCAAAUUUGCCAUCCGAAGAAGUUCACAUAAACACUGGUGCGGACGAAGAGGUUCAUGGGGAAAGGGCAACAGAAGAAGAGGGCAAUUCGGUCGGGACUGCACAAGCACAAUUGCUCAAUGAGAGGGCAACCAUCACAACUGCAGCGGCAGGUAGAGAAAGAAUCAUCAAUGACUACUCUGAGGAUAUUGAAGAAAACGGACAGGCCGAGGAAGAAACAUGUCCAAUUAUGGAGUGA